UUUAUCACUGAUUUGUGGACGGCGCUUAAAUAAUGUGUAACAAUCCAUUUCACAGCUUUAACCUUGUGUAUUAACUAAUGUGUUAUAAGUUGAUAAAAGCACGUGACUGUGAUCCAAGACAAGUUUGAAGGGAUUUGAAGAAGAAACUCAUUGUUUUAUUUAAUUAGAAAAGUGUCAGGUUAAGAAAAUCAACUAUGAAUACCUAGGACGUGUGAAUCUCGAUGUUUUGUAAGAGAAAUUUGAAGGAAUCAGUCAUACAAGGGUCUUACAUUGGAUUUGAGGUUUGGCAAGCACACGCCUGGUCCAUUUUCGACGUUUUCGGUUGUGGUCUAGCUUAUUUGGUGAACUCCGUCCAUGCUCGCUUUCACCAUGGGUUGUACAAUGUCUGCACAGCAAACAGAAUCUUUGAAAGAGUCCCGUAAAAUCGACAAGCUACUUCAGGAAGAUGGCGUCAGAACUCAACGGGAAAUCAAACUUCUGCUACUGGGAUCCGGGGAAUCUGGGAAAAGCACGGUGGUCAAGCAGAUGAAGAUCAUACACGAGGAUGGCUACUCCAAAGAGGAAUGUCUCCUAUAUAAAUCCGUUGUCUACAGUAAUACGUGUGUCUCUCUUAUUGCUAUAAUCAGGGCUAUGGGGGAACUCGGCAUCAACUUUGCUGACUCGAAUAGGCAGGAUGACGCCAGACAGGUUAUGACGUACAUGGUAGACGAUGAAGAUCAUUUCCUGGAAUUGAGUGGGGCCUUCAAAAGACUCUGGAAUGAUUCAGGUGUUCGGGAAUGUUUCAGUCGCUCUAGGGAAUACCAACUCAACGAUUCCGCGGAAUAUUACCUGGACGCUCUGGACCGGAUAACAAUGCCAGGUUACGUCCCAACAGAACAGGAUGUCCUUCGGACUAGGGUCAUCACUACCGGAAUCGUAGAGACGGCAUUCAGCUUCCGGCACUUCAACUUCCGCUUGAUCGAUGUUGGAGGUCAGCGAUCGGAAAGAAAAAAAUGGAUCAACUGUUUCGAGGACGUGACUGCUUUAUUUUUCAUUGUUGCUAUGAACGAAUACGACCUUACUCUGCGCGAGGACGAAUCUGUCAGUCGUAUGGCUGAGAGUAUGAAUCUAUUUGAUUCAAUCUGUAACAACAGGUGGUUCGCGGACACUUCUAUCAUCCUCUUCCUCAACAAGAAAGAUCUGUUCGAGAACAAGUUGGAAUCGUCGCACCUUUCCACAUUCUUCCCAGAAUACACAGGCGAAAACGAGUUCGAGCAGGCUGCUAGAUUUGUGAGGAAGAAAUACGAGAAAUUGAACAGAAACAAAGACAAAGUGGUGUACUCACAUUUCACAUGCGCCACAGACACAAACAAUAUUCAGGUUGUUUUCACUGCAGCCAUAGAUAUCAUACUACAAAGUCAACUCAAAGACGUCUCUCUCAUGUGAUAUACUACAGCAACGAAUCAAAAAUGUCUCUCUCAUGUGAUAUACUACAGCAUCGAAUCAAAAAUGUCUCUCUCAUGUGAUUCACUACAGCAUCGAAUCAAAGACGUUCAUCUCAUGUGAUAUACUACACUAACGAAUCAAAGAUGUUCAUCUCAUGUGAUAUACUACAGCAACGAAUCAAAGACGUCACUCUCAUGUGAGGGCAGUGUACUGAACUUGUGUGACGUACAAAGUAUGGACGUUUCUGUCAUGCAAGCAAAGUCAUUACCCACGAUUAUCGACAAGACUUAGGCACCGUGUGUCUGAGUAAUGUAGUAUCAUUCAAAACAUGUUGCGACACCACUGUAUAUACUGAAACUUGUAACUUGAGGACAAUUCGAGCUCUCUGAUGUAAGGGAAAGAGUGACAUAAUCCUGCAUCUGACGUACUGCCGGGGAGCAUCCAUUAUCAUGUGAUUCGAGAACGGCGGUGUCGCACUGGUGAAUGAAGAGUGUAACUCGGCAUUUUUUAAUGCGACAGAAAUUUAUUUAAUUAUAUAUAGUCUGUUAAAUGGAUGAAGGGGUUCCGAGUGAUGUAUAACCAAUUACUGUUCUCGUAUCUUUUCACUCGAAUUGAGGAAAUUGUAAUUAAACGAAAUGAAAUUCCGAGGGAACUAUUUCACACGCUGUUCUCAGUUUGUAUUCCCAGCAUCUGUCUAGGAGAGACACGAGUAUACAGGAUGUACCGAAGAAACGUCUAUUUUAAUGAUAUUUAACUGUACCAAAUAAAUUGUUCGGCAUGACAUCAGACAUGUCUAGAGUAAAA